AAGCCACAGUGGGCAGAUCGUCGUGACAGAUGUUACAAUUAUAAUACAAUGCAUUAUUGUAUAUCAUGAUUGACUGUUCGCAUAUUUCAAUGUCCAAUCGAAAUCAAAGACCAUGCAAAUUUAGACGAGAAAAAAAACUGUGUUGAUCAAUGAAUCCAUUGAUCGGCCAACACGUGACUAUCGCCAUAUGAAUAUAAUCAAAGAAAUUAUUCACACAAAAAAGCAGAUAGAUUGUUGAACUGUGAACCUACGUUCAAGUAAGUAGAUUGAGAAGAAAAUGUUGCAUUUUUAAAGGUCAUAUGCUUGUGGCUGUUCAAAAUUGAACAGUUCCAUUCAAGCGGCAGAUUUUUCUUUCUCAUUUUUCGUCGUCAUCUUGCGUCUAUUUCAUCGGAUUUUAAAUGAUUGUGCGCACACGCUCACUCUCUUUCUUGCUUUGUGUCGCUUGACACAGGAAUGGUCGGAACGUAACAAAAAAAUCGUUUAAAAGCCAACGAUAUGGCUGUGUCAAUGCUCAUUACUAGUUCUUAAGUGGUGCAAGUAACAAUCAAGACAGAUUCGGUUGAUGUUCGAAUCGUUUCAACAUCGGCAACAUCGAUUCAUUGUACUAUCCUCACUGCUUGGAAACUGGUGUAAAAAAAUUCGGUUACAAGUACAAGUCAAACUAGACUCAAAGGAUGGCAUGCAUUCAAGCUGUUAUUGUUAUAGCCAUUUGUGCUACACUAGUGAUUUCAAAGGAUAUUGCUUGGCAAAAACCUGGAUGCCACAAAGUAGGUCAUAGCAGAACAAUUGAAAUUCCAGACUGUGUACAAUUUUCAAUAAAUACGAACGCAUGCCGUGGAUAUUGUGAAUCAUAUGCAGUCCCAUCGGCACCAAGUGCCAACGGUUUUAAAAUACCAAAACCAGUUACAUCGGUUGGACAGUGCUGUAAUAUCAUGGAAACGGAAGAUGUAAACGUUAUGCUGAGCUGUGUUGGAGGUGCCAGAAAUGUUACAUUCAAAUCGGCCACCAAAUGCUCGUGUUAUCAUUGCAAAAAAGACUAGCUCACAUUUACUCAUCUAAUAUAAUAUGUUUUUUUUUCUGUUUUUGUUCUAUUCCAUAAAAGAAAUGAGAACAAACAAUCCCUAACAUCAAUCGUAUAUGCAUGUAUUUUAAUAUUUGUGUCUUUGAAAUUGUGCGCAUCCCCAAAUUCUAGAUUUGAACAAUAAUUAU